GUAGCCCGCGAGAGAAAAUGGCGGCGGCGGCGGGGAAUCGCGCCUCGUCGUCGGGCUUCCCGGGCGCCAGGGCGGCGAGCCCCGAGGCGGUCGGCGGCGGCGGAGGGGCCCUCCAGGCGAACAGCGUGCCCGGGGUCGUCGUCGCCGCCGCCGCCGCCGCCGCGGGGCUGCUGCGGGAUCCGGGCAGCGCGGGCCGCGAGCGGGCGGACUGGCGGCGGCGGCAGCUGCGCAAAGUGCGGAGUGUGGAGCUGGACCAGCUGCCCGAGCCGCCGCUCUUCCUCGGCGCCUCACCGCCGUCCUCUUCCACUUCCCCGUCGCCCGAGCCCUCGGACGCGGCGGUGACGGCGGCGGGCACGAGCGCCGGCGGCUUCCAGGCUGUGGUGCCGCCGCCUCACGGAGCCCACCCAGCCGAGCCGUCGGCCGCGCCGGACAGAGGCGCCCCGAGCCCCGCGGGGGCCGAGCCCGGGGAGAAGCGGGCGUCCGCCUCAGAGCAGCCUCCUGCAGCGGCCCCCGCCGGUCGCGAGAUGGAGAAUAAAGAAACUCUGAAAGGCCUGCACAAGAUGGACGAUCGCCCCGAAGAGCGAAUGAUCAGGGAGAAGCUGAAGGCAACCUGCAUGCCUGCCUGGAAGCACGAGUGGCUGGAGAGGAGGAACAGGCGGGGCCCAGUGGUGGUGAAACCAAUCCCUAUUAAAGGAGAUGGAUCCGAAGUGGGUAGCCUGGCCGCUGAAUGUCCGGGAGAGAGCCAGGCGGGCAGCACCUCUCCAGCCCCUAAAGGCCGCCGGAGCCCGUCCCCCAGUGGCUCCCCAUCUGGCCGCACCGUCAAAUCCGAGUCGCCAGGAGUGAGGAGGAAGAGAGUUUCUCCUGUGCCCUUUCAGAGUGGCAGAAUCACACCACCCCGAAGAGCCCCGUCCCCCGAUGGCUUCUCCCCGUACAGUCCCGAGGAAACGAGCCGCCGCGUGAACAAGGUGAUGCGGGCCCGGCUCUACUUGCUGCAGCAAAUAGGACCCAACUCCUUCCUGAUCGGCGGGGACAGCCCAGACAAUAAAUACCGCGUGUUCAUUGGCCCACAGAACUGCAGCUGCGGGCGUGGAACAUUCUGCAUUCAUCUGUUAUUUGUUAUGCUCCGGGUAUUUCAACUAGAACCUUCAGACCCAAUGUUAUGGAGGAAAACCUUAAAGAAUUUUGAGGUUGAGAGUUUGUUCCAGAAAUAUCACAGUAGACGUAGCUCAAGGAUCAAAGCCCCAUCUCGUAACACCAUCCAGAAGUUUGUCUCACGCAUGUCAAAUUCUCAUACAUUGUCAUCAUCUAGUACUUCUACAUCUAGUUCAGAAAACAGCAUAAAGGAUGAAGAGGAGCAGAUGUGUCCUAUUUGCUUACUGGGCAUGCUGGACGAGGAGAGCCUGACGGUGUGUGAGGAGGGCUGCAGGAACAAGCUGCACCACCACUGCAUGUCCAUCUGGGCAGAAGAAUGUAGAAGAAAUAGAGAACCUUUAAUAUGUCCCCUUUGUAGGUCUAAGUGGCGAUCCCAUGAUUUCUACAGCCAUGAAUUAUCAAGCCCUGUGGACUCCCCUUCCUCCCUGCGAACCUCACAGCCCAUCCACCAGCCACCCUUGGGUGGGUCACAGAGAAGGAACCAGGAGAGCAACUUGAACCUUACUCACUACGGAGCUCAGCAGAUUCCACCUGCUUACAAAGAUAUAGCUGAGCCCUGGAUUCAGGUGUUUGGAAUGGAGCUCGUUGGCUGCUUAUUUUCUCGAAACUGGAAUGUCAGAGAGAUGGCCCUCAGGCGUCUUUCCCAUGAUGUUAGUGGGGCGCUGCUGCUGGCGAACGGGGAGAGCACUGGAAACUCUGGGGGCAGCGGCAGUGGCCCAAGCGUGGGAGCCACCAGCGGAUCCCCGCAGGCCAGCGUCUCCGGGGACGUGGUGGGGGCCUGCUGCAACGUCCUGUCAGUGGUCUGCGGCGACCCUGUCUACAAAGUGUAUGUUGCUGCUUUAAAAACGCUGCGCGCGAUGCUGGUGUAUACCCCCUGUCACAGCAUGGCAGAAAGACUCAAGCUGCAGAGACUUCUCCGGCCCGUGGUCGACACCAUCCUGGUCAAGUGUGCUGAUGCCAACAGCCGCACGAGUCAGCUGUCCAUAUCCACACUGCUGGAACUGUGCAAAGGCCAAGCGGGAGAGCUGGCGGUCGGCAGAGAAAUCCUGAAAGCCGGAUCCAUUGGCAUUGGUGGUGUUGAUUAUGUCUUAAAUUGUAUUCUUGGAAGCCAAAUUGAAUCAAACAACUGGCAGGAACUCCUGGGCCGCCUUUCUCUGGUAGAGAGACUGCUGCUAGAAUUUCCUGCAGAAUUUUAUCCUCACAUCGUCAGUACUGAUGUCUCACAAGCUGAGCCUGUGGAAAUCAGGUAUAAAAAGCUGCUGUCCCUGUUAGCCUUUGCUUUGCAGUCCAUUGAUAACUCCCACUCGAUGGUUGGCAAGCUCUCCCGGAGGAUCUAUCUGAGUUCUGCGAGGAUGGUGACAGCAGUGCCCCACGUGUUUUCGAAGCUGUUAGAGAUGCUGAGCGUCUCCAGCUCGACUCACUUCACCAGGAUGCGGCGGCGGCUGAUGGCCAUUGCCGACGAGGUGGAGAUUGCCGAAGCCAUCCAGCUGGGUGCCGAAGACUCCCUGGGUGGCCAACAGGGCGGCUUUGUGCAGGCCUCCGCCCCUAACAGCUAUCCAGCAACCGCAGAGCGCACAACCCACCUAGAGAAAACUGGAAAAGGACUGUGUGCUACAAAGUUGAGUGCCAGUUCAGAGGACGUCUGUGACAGACUGGCCAGUGUUUCAGUGGGACUUCCUGGCUCAGCAACAAUGGAACAACCAAAGCCAGUGCUUCAGACAAAAGGCAGACCCCAUAGUCAGUGUUUGAACUCUUCUCCUGUGUCUCAUCUCUCGCAGCUAGUGCUCCCAGCCUCCUCCACCCCAUCGUCGUCUGCCCCGUCGGUCCCAGCCGGCACUGCCACAGACGUCCCCAAGCAGAGGCCGCAGGGAUUCGUUCCCUGCAAAAUACCUUCUGCAUCUCCUCAGACACAGCGCAAACUCUCUCUGCAAUUCCAGAGAAACUGUUGUGAAAACAAAGACUCAGAUCAACUUUCCCCAAUCUUUACUCAAUCAAGACCACUGCCCUCCAGUAAUAUACACAGGCCAAAGCCAUCUCGACCUGCCCCAGGUAACACAAGCAAGCAGGGAGACGCCACCACGAACAGCAUGACACUUGAUCUGAACGGCACUGCCAAGUGUGGGGACGGCUCCGGCAGCAGCGGCAGCAGUGCUGGGAACGCUCUUAUCCCCAGUGAGGAGACGGUAUUCACCCCAGUCGAGGAGAAGGGCAGGCUAGAUGUCAACACUGAGCUGAACUCCAGCAUUGAGGACCUUCUGGAAGCCUCGAUGCCUUCAGGCGACACGACAGUAACGUUUAAGUCAGAAGUCGCUGUCCUCUCUCCGGAAAAGGCUGAAAAUGACGACACCUACAAAGAUGAUGUGAAUCAUAAUCAGAAGUGCAAAGAAAAGAUGGAAGCCGAGGAGGAAGAAGCGUUAGCCAUCGCCAUGGCAAUGUCAGCGUCUCAGGAUGCCCUCCCCAUCGUUCCUCAGCUGCAGGUGGAGAACGGCGAGGACAUCAUCAUCAUCCAGCAGGACACACCAGAAACACUGCCAGGACAUACCAAAGCAAAACAACCAUACAGAGAAGACACUGAAUGGUUGAAAGGCCAGCAGAUAGGCCUUGGAGCAUUUUCUUCCUGUUACCAAGCUCAAGAUGUGGGAACUGGAACGUUGAUGGCUGUCAAACAGGUGACAUAUGUCCGAAACACAUCUUCUGAGCAGGAGGAGGUGGUGGAAGCACUGCGAGAGGAGAUCCGGAUGAUGAGCCACCUGAGUCACCCGAACAUCAUCAGGAUGCUGGGCGCCACGUGCGAGAAGAGCAACUACAACCUCUUCAUCGAGUGGAUGGCAGGGGGAUCUGUGGCUCAUUUGCUGAGUAAAUAUGGAGCAUUCAAGGAAUCAGUAGUGAUUAAUUACACUGAACAGCUACUUCGUGGCCUUUCGUAUCUCCAUGAAAACCAGAUCAUUCACAGAGAUGUCAAAGGUGCCAACUUGCUCAUUGACAGCACGGGCCAGAGACUGAGAAUUGCAGAUUUCGGAGCUGCAGCCCGCCUGGCGUCGAAAGGCACCGGGGCAGGGGAGUUUCAGGGACAGUUGCUGGGCACAAUUGCGUUCAUGGCACCUGAGGUACUGAGAGGCCAGCAGUAUGGGAGGAGCUGUGACGUCUGGAGUGUUGGCUGCGCUAUUAUAGAAAUGGCUUGUGCAAAACCACCCUGGAAUGCAGAAAAACACUCCAAUCAUCUUGCUUUGAUAUUUAAGAUCGCUAGUGCCACCACCGCCCCGGCCAUCCCUUCGCACCUGUCUCCCGGCUUGCGGGAUGUGGCUCUGCGUUGCUUAGAGCUGCAGCCUCAGGACAGACCUCCCUCGCGAGAGCUGCUGAAGCAUCCCGUCUUCCGCACCUCCUGGUAGCUGGUGACGCAGAUCCGCUAAGGUGGAGACAGGACGUGCAACAGGAGAACUUUUGUGGGGAAAUGCGCGAAUAACCGGCUGGCCUUCCUGCUCCCAGGCUGCAACGCACGAGGCCAGUGGGGAACCCUUACCUAAGUAUGUGAUUGACAAAUCAUCUGUAGCUAAGCUCAAUAUGCAAAAGUCCACAACUUGUGCAGAAACUAUCAGCCGUGCCUUUCAAAGAACUGGCCCUAGGGGAAAAGGAUAGCAGUGAAGUCUGCAUGACUAAGUAAUGGAAACCUAAUUUUAUUUUUUGGAGCACUUUUUCAGCAAUAUUAGCAGCUGAGGGGCUCAGGAGCAAUUUUAAUGUUUCAAUGACUUCCAUUUCAUGUAGUGAUCUUAAGCGGCAGGGGUUCCACAGCUCCAUUUAGUUAGUGUCACUGGUUAUAAGAGCGUAUCUGUCUCCUCCAGCCGGAGUAUGCUGUGAGUAGCAGUCAGCGCAUGUGUCUCUAAGAGCUGGUAACUUCUUUAUGAGCCACAAUUGACCUUGUUUUUAUUUUUUAAUUCCUGGGCAGUUGUGGCUCAUUGUGCAUUUUACUGUUGGCCCAUUCAUUUCGUUUUUGGAAAUUAUGGUUCUAUAUAGUCAUUUCACCUUCAGUUUUCUUUUAUAUUCAGGGAAAGAUGAUCUUUUCAAACCAGGAAAAAAAAGAACUAGAUGUGAACUAGAGUUUAAUAUCUUGCUACUGCAAGAAUUUUUAAAAAUCAGAUUUAAUUCUGUUUUUCCAGUUGGAAUAAAGGACUACCUACAUUGAGGCAGAUACUGUUUUUAUUGUGCAGAUUAACUAUAAACAAACAAAAAAAUCAGCUGUUCUUUGGCUUGCAGCUCAAGGCCAAGGUCAAGAUUACCUUG